AUGAAAACGCCUCUUGAAACGCAUCGUGAGACUUCCGGUGAGUGCGCGGCUUGUAAGCGGCUUUGAUUGAGUUCAACGGUUGCGGCAGCGGACAGAAGCUCGUUGGACUGCCGCAGACACCGACAGCAAGCCGAGCCAAAUGAACAGCCUCACUUCUCUCCCCACCGGCAAUGACAGCCUCAAAAUGAUGCAGUAUUUCGAAACGUCCUCCUCAACAGCCAUGGACACGGUUUACAUGAGAAUAUUAAGGGAGUGAAUCGCUGUUACCGAGCGCUCUAUUUUGUCGUGAAUUGGAGCGGAUCGUUAGCUUAGCUGACUAGCAGCUGAUAGAUUUUCAGUUUCUGCUACAGGGUGGUGUUUGCCGGAGGCCAUAUACCAGCGAUGGGAAUCCUAUUUACAAAGUUGUGGAGGCUUUUUAACCAUCAAGAGCACAAAGUUAUUAUUGUUGGCCUGGACAAUGCAGGAAAGACCACCAUACUUUAUCAGUUCUCGAUGAAUGAGGUGGUGCACACUUCACCUACCAUAGGCAGCAAUGUGGAAGAGAUUGUGGUCAACAAUACACAUUUCCUUAUGUGGGACAUUGGAGGACAGGAAUCUCUGCGUUCAUCUUGGAACACCUAUUACACCAACACAGAGUUUGUGAUCGUGGUGGUGGACAGCACAGACAGAGAGAGGAUCUCAGUGACCAAAGAGGAGCUCUACAGGAUGUUAGCUCACGAGGAUCUGAAAAAAGCAGGUUUAUUGAUUUUUGCCAACAAACAAGAUGUGAAGGGUUGUAUGACUGUUGCGGAGAUUUCCCAGAGUCUACAGCUCACCUCUGUGAAAGACCAUCAGUGGCACAUCCAGGCCUGUUGUGCCCUCACUGGGGAGGGGCUGUGCCAGGGUCUUGAGUGGAUGAUGUCACGGCUGCGAGUAAGAUGACCUCUGACCUCAGAUAGCAGUGUGCUCUCUGUCUCUUUCCUACCGGACGUGGAGGCCGGUUGUCGCUCACUGUGAAGGUGACUCAGCGACGUCACCAGAACUGGAUUAAUUUAUUACAGAUCACUGAGUACUGUGAACAAACAAUCCGCAACUAACUAACUAAAAUGUGUCAGGUUUGCAAAACGGCAGAAACUUGAUUCGUUGUUGUUGUCUUUUUUUUGCACGGAUGACCAUUAAAACAGUCGAAUAAGGCAGCACAGAUCUUGGACUAAGAGGACUUGUCUCUAGUUAAACAAAUCUUUGCCUAGAGUGGCCUUGCUGCUUUGCCUGAAUACCUGACAUGGUGUUGCCCCUGGUGUAUGUACAGUCCAGUAUUUUCAUUAACCUUGUGCCUGCACCCGACACUCUGCCUCUUGUGAGCUGAGGAGACAAGAUACCAUGCAAGGGGAGACUGCACUCAUGUAAAAUACAAUUAAAUAAAGUGUUUUUAUCUGUCAUGAUGAAA